AUGUCAGAGAUCUUAGAAGUUUUAUCAUGCCUGCCGUCCGAGCUCGAUCAAAACGAUCCUGUCGCUUGCAAUAAGUUCUCUGCCGUGGCGACAAGACAGCAGAAGGCAGCUCUCAUGUUAUUGUCUCUGGAAAGAAUUAAUGAGAAGAGUCAAUAUGUUACCAAGACUUACGAUACAAUCUCGAAGAAACUGCAAUACUUGCAGACAAGUGCCGUAUAUUCGUUCGUUGUAGCUGAGGGAGGACCAUUGCCACCUGCAAUAGAAGUUGACGGAAAGUUGUGUCCUGAUGAUAUGCCCAAAGAAUACACCAAAAUCUCAUUCUUCGAGGAUAUCAUAUCCUUCCCACCGCAAUACCUCGAUAAAUGGUUGAUCUUCCACGGUGAACAUCCAGAAGAUUUCGGAUCAAUGGAUCAUCUCGAUAGAUCUAAAUUGUUGUUCGUGCUUAAGGGAGGUACGUUGAACGAUUCGGUGAGGAAGUAUGAGAAAGAAUGA